AAACGCGGUGAGCAGAAGAUUAAACGUUGUCUUAUUGCCAACAUGUGUUAUUAGUGAAACGAGAAACAGUUUCUCUCGUCGUUAAUUCUUGGAUACCAGGCCCGAUUCUUUUGGAUUUCACCACAGCGAUCCCGCGUCCCGUGAGAAUAGGCAUCCGGGACCGGAGCGUGAAGAAGGUGCUGCUGCGAGAGAAGCGAUCUGACGGUGAUCACAGUCCGCGGCAACUGCAGCCACAGCACUAUGCCGGCAGCAGCAACAGCCGCUUCCAUCCAGCGCAACGUCGUGUAGACCGCCGCAUCGUAGCGUGGUGCAAGGAAAGUGAAAACAUUUAAGAGAGGCAGCCAGUGUCCCAGUGAGGCAGGAAACGGAACGACGCUAGAGUGCGACGGGGCAAGCUCUUCUACGCGCCAACUUCUGGUCGAAAAGCAGUGUUAUCAAUCAUCAAUCAAGGUUUGAUUAGCCUCGCCCAACCACCAGCCACAAAUCACCACCCAACACAUUCCGGAUGCUUACCGCACGGGCAGGAGCAGCUCUGUUGCUGCUAGCCGCCAUCGUCAACGGGGCCGCGGCCGUUUACCGUGUCGGGGUUGGCAGGGCCGACUGUACCGGCCCGUCGGUCGAGAUCACAUUCAUGGGGUACGCACAGUUGGCUCAACGCGGGGCCGGUAUCCAUCUGCGCCAGUACGCCCGGUCUUAUGUGGUGGAGGACGCCCCGGGGCAUCGGUUCGUGUUCGUCAGUGUCGACGCCGGUAUGAUGGGGCACGCGGUGAAGCGAGAGGUACUGGCGGUGCUACAGAAGAAGUACGGAGAGCUCUACACGGACGCCAACGUGAUCGUCAGCGGGUCGCACACCCACUCGACGCCAGGUGGCUUCCUCAUGUACCUGCUGUACGAUCUGACGUCGCUGGGUUUCGUGUCGGAGACGUUCAACGCGCUCGUGCAUGGCAUCGCGCAAAGUGUUAUUAGAGCGCACAACAACAUGGUGGAGGCGCGGUUAUUCGUCGCGGAAACCGAAGUGCAGGAUGCAAAUGUUAACCGCAGUCCCAGCGCGUACGAGAACAAUCCACCUGAAGAGCGCGCCCAGUACCGGGACAACGUCGACAAAGGUCUCGUGCAGCUGCAGUUCGUAAGCGCGAACGACGAGGCGACGGUGCUCGGGGUCAUUAACUGGUUCGCGGUGCACCCGACAUCGAUGAACAACACGAACCGGCUGGUGUCGAGUGACAACGUUGGCUACGCGUCGGUGCUGUUGGAGCAGGAACACAACCCGGGGGCUCUCGUCGGCAAGGGCGAGUUUGUGGGUGUGUUCGCCGCAAGCAACCUGGGCGACUCGUCACCCAACAUCCGCGAGCCGGUGUGCGAGAAGACUGGCCUGCCGUGCGACGUGCUUACGUCGUCGUGCCCGAGCGGGGCCGGUGUCUGCUUCGCAUCCGGUCCGGGCGAUGACAUGUUUCAGAGCACGGCGAUAAUCGCGGAGCGGAUGUACCGAGCGGCGUCGUCACUGCUGGCGGACCCUGACCGCCGCCGCGAGAUCAAGGGUCGCAUCGGAUUCGCUCUCCAGUACGUGGACAUGACGGUGGCCGAGGCGACGCAUCGGGUGGAGGGGACGGAUGAGGAGCGCCGGGUGCGAGGUUGCCUGCCGGCCAUGGGAUACAGUUUCGCCGCCGGCACCACCGACGGACCGGGCGCGUUCGACUUCCAGCAGGGCACGAUCACCGACAACGUACUGUGGAACGUGGUGCGCGACUUUAUCGCCGAACCAACGCCGGAUGAUAAGGAGUGCCAAGCACCGAAACCGAUCCUGCUGGCGACUGGCCGAGCCCGCUUUCCAUACGACUGGCAACCGAAGAUUGUGCCGACGCAAGUGGUGAUGGUGGGCGACCUGAUGAUCGCGGCCGUGCCCGGCGAAUUCACGACGAUGGCGGGCCGCCGGCUGCGGAGCGCCGUCUCCCGGGCGGCGGUGGCGGCCGGCGGACCCGAAGUGCAGGUGGUCGUGGCCGGCCUGUCAAACAUGUACUCGAGUUACAUCACCACGCCGGAGGAGUACGAGGUCCAGCGUUACGAGGGUGCGUCCACACUGUACGGUCCGCAUACGCUUACCAUCUAUCUGGAGCAGUACGGUCACCUGGCCGCGGCGAUCGUACGAAACGAGACGCUCGAUUUGGGUCCUACGCCACCGUACGAAGACGACAAACAGAUUUCGCUCACUACCGGCGUGAUCUUCGAUUCGCACCCGCUCGGCAAAGACUUUGGUGAGGUAAAGGUGCAGCCGACUGGACGUUACGAACGGGGCGAUACCGUGCACGCGGUAUUCAUCGCCGGCAAUCCGCGCAACAAUCUGAUGCACGAUAAAACCUACUUCACGGUCGAGCAGCGUCAGCGACAGUCGAAACAGCAGAGGGAAGAUAACGACACCUGGAAAGUUGUGGCGACCGAUGCUGACUGGGAAACGAGGUUCCGCUGGGAGCGCACAUCCACAAUCCUCGGGUUCAGCGAUAUUGAGUUCUACUGGACGAUUGGCCCGAACGUGGAGGCCGGCACGUACCGUAUUCAGCACUUUGGUUACUAUCGUUACAUUCUUGGAGGGAUUUACCAGUACAUCGGCACAACCAAUCCUUUCACGGUUGGCUAGCCACAGGAAGAACCCGACCACCACCACCAGGCCGAAUGUGGCCGCAUUUGAUGGGCGCCUGGUCCCGCCUUCCGCAGGUGGUUCCCGAACGCACCAACCCGAAUUUACGCAUCGAUUCGAUUGCCCGUUUUUUUUCGUUCGUUGUCGUAUUCUACCAAAUAGACUAGUCACUGAGCGUUUGGCGGUAGGAGUGUUAGCAAAUGGUUAGGAGUGUGGCUUUGGAGGGCGCAUUGCACCAACGCACUUCAUAAGUUUAGAAAAAAGAAAGAAAAAUACCAAUA